AAUUGCAGUUCAGCAAAGGGGCGUUUCUGGCUCAAGGAGCCCCCACCCGGUCCCUCCCCCACCCCGGGAAUCCCAGCUGGAGGGCAGGAACCAGCCAUGGGCGAGGAGGAGCUUCAGGGCCGCCCCCCAGAUGAGCCCGACGCUGCUGGGCUGGGACCAAGGAGGCGUCUCUGUCGCCCGGGGCAGGAGGGGAAGUGGGAAGGGGGGGGCCACGCCCUCCCCCAAGAUCCACCGGGAGCCAGGGGGCCAGCCGACAUCCAUGCAGAUUUACCCCAGACUUAACCCCCCCCCCCGUGGACUUUUGUGUUUGAGGGACCACAGACCAAGAGGGGAUUCUUCUGGGGAGGGGCUUGGGUGCUUUCCCCCCCCUCCCCUUCCCCGCCUGGUUGUGGAGCAUCCUCUGAUCUCUUGCCUUUCCUGCCAGCCUGGAGUCUGCAAUUGAGCCGCUUCAGGGGGCUGCCAUUUUACAACCCCCACCACCCCCCGCUCCUGCCAAGGCAGCUCCCAUUUUUCCUUCCUCUGCUCCAGGAAAGUGUUUUGGGGGUGGGGGGGGUUUCCUCCUUUUUUAAAAAAAGUUGACAGCUGUCAUAUCUUUGUAACUAUGUGCCUGUCAGUUUACACCAAGGAACAAUAUUCAGUUGCUGGUUUUAUAAACUAACUUUAAAAAAAAUCCCUGGUGGAAUACGGGGGGGGGGGGGAGGGUCUGCAUCACAAAAACGUGGGGGAAACUCCCAUGUGGAAGCUCCACAAAGCAGCCCCAAUGGGGGACAAAACCAGACUUCCUCCCCCUUCUUCCCCUCCCCAUUUUGUUCUCCUCCUCCUUAGUUCUUGCCAGUUUCCUGUUGUUUGGGGGCUCUUUCUCUACUCUGCUGCAUGUUCAUGGGGAGGAUCUCUGCCUUCAAGGCCUUGCAGAUGAUCAAAUGCAGUUGCUGGAUCUCUUUGAGAUCAUCUGGGAAGACGCACCACCCAUCUCUGACAUGUGCAUAAAUUUGGUCCACUUUUCCAGGAGGGAGCUCUCACAGAGACUAACAGGCAAGAGUGAAAAGAUGUACUUGAUGCCUGUUCCACCAUCUCCUGCACUUAGCAAAAGGAAGAGAGCCACCAUGCAGCCAGCUCAGGAUGGAGUAUCCUUUGAAGAGGUGGCCGUGCAUUUCACCAAGGAGGAAUGGGCCCUGCUGCAGCCAGCGCAAAGGGCGCUGUACAAGGAAGUCAUGCUGGAGAACUUUCAGAAUGUGUCUUCUCUGGGUCCCGUGAUUGCUAAGCCUGAGCUCAUAGCCCAACUAGAAGAGGAAGAAGAGGUGUUUCUUGGGAUCUUUGAUGAAGAGGAGGAACCAGCAGGAGAAUUCAAGUCAGCGAAUGAAGUGAAAGAGUGUGGCAAAGACUCCAGUGAGAGUGGACACCCUGUCACCCAUCAAACAAUUCACAUCGUGGAGAAACCUUAUAAAUGCCAGGAGUGUGGAGUAGCCUUCAGUCAUAGUAGAAGCCUCACUUCCCAUCAAAUCAUUCACAUAGGGGAGAAACCAUACAAAUGCCUGGAGUGUGGAAAAGGCUUCAGUUACAGUACAAACCUCUCUUCCCAUCAAAAAAUUCACACAGGGGAGAAACCAUACAAGUGUCUGGAGUGUGGAAAAGGCUUCCGUGAGAGUGCACACCUCACUUCCCACCGAAGAAUUCACACAGGCGAGAAACCAUACAAAUGCCUGGAGUGUGGAAAAGGCUUCAGUCACAAUACAAGCCUCUCUUCCCAUCAAAAAAUUCACACAGGGGAGAAACCAUACAAGUGUCUGGAGUGUGGAAAAGGCUUCAGCGAGAGUGGAAACCUCACUUCCCACCGAAGAAUUCACACAGGCGAGAAACCAUAUAAAUGCCUGGAGUGUGGGAAAGACUUCAGUAAGAGAGGAAACCUUGAUUCCCAUCAAAGAAUUCACACAGGGGAGAAACCAUAUAAAUGCCUGGAGUGUGGAAAAAGCUUCAGUCAGAAUGGCAGCCUUACUUCCCAUCAAAGAAUUCACACGGGGGAGAAACCA